UGGGAGAAUCUUUCGCUUUACCUGCUCACAAUGCGACAAACAACGUUCUGCCCCAGCCAACACCUGCUCUUCUCGCUGAGGACGAUGAUGAACCCCCUAGUAGUGGGCCACGUAAUGAACCGCCGCCUCAAAUAACCACGCCAGCUCCUGGUGGUCAUUCCAACUCGCGCCCCGUCGAUGGUGUUAGAGAGAAAGACUUCGCCCAUGCCGAUCGCGAAAUCACACUCGAAACUAUCGAAACGGUAGAUGUCAAAGAAGACAUCCCCGUCAGUGACAUCCCCAGUGAAGACCUCGAGAAACUUGGGGAACGUCGAGUCCGCCGCCGUUUCAGGCGCAUUAGGCUCUCUAAGACGGCUCGCAUCCGUGCCCUGUUCACUCCCAAGCAUAUUGUCGGCCCUGAACCCACAUACUUGCAGUCGAUCAAGGCCAUGAUACGCUACACACCGCUCAACCUCCUAUUGGUGUUCAUUCCAGUUUCGUGGGCCAUGCACUUUACCCACCAGAGCGCCACCUUGACGUUCGUAUUCUCUGGCCUCGGUAUCGUCCCCCUCGCCGCCCUCCUCGGUUUGGGUACCGAGCAAAUCGCGCUACGCACCAGCCAGAGCGUCGGUGGUCUGCUCAACGCUUCUCUUGGUAACCUCAUCGAAAUGAUUAUCUCCGGUAUCGCCUUGAAACAGGGUGAACUGGAAGUCGUACAAAGUGCCUUGUUGGGUAGUCUCUUGAGCAAUCUCUUGCUUGUCUUGGGAUGUGCAUUCAUUGGCGGUGGUUUCCGUUUCCAUCAGCAACAAUUCCAGCCUAUGGUUGCUCAACUCAACUCCUCGUUGUUAAUUGUCUCAGUUAUCUCUCUGGCUAUUCCUGCAGCUUUCGAUCAAUACCUUGAGAGUCGUCUCCCUGUCGGAUCGGAAGUUGGAAUUUUGUUGGAACUUAGUCGUGGUAGUGCGAUCAUCCUCAUCUUGAUGUAUUUCUUCUACCUCUUUUUCCAGUUCUACUCACACAACCAUCUUUUCCUGGACACCGUUCAAGAAUACUCGAUAUCGACCCGUUCGAGUUCGCCUGGGUCCAGCCUCAGCCGGCGUUCAACCCAGCAAACUCUGCCCAUCCCAGUCGUGAUGGAGGACGCGUGUUCCUCGUCUUCUUCCUCGUCUUCAUCGUCCGGAGUCGAGGUGCCCAAGCUCAACAUGCCCAGCGCCCUCCUGCUCCUCUGCGCCAUCUCGGCCUUCGCCUACGUCACCGCCGACUUCCUCAUCGACUCGCUCGAGGGUCUCGUCGAAGCAAAUCCCAGCAUCUCGAAGGAAUGGGUCACGCUCAUCAUCAUCCCCAUCCUUGGCAACGCCGCCGAGCACACCACGGCCGUCAUCGUAGCCAGCAAGGGCAAGUUCGACCUGGCGAUGAGCGUCGCCGUCGGCAGCUGCAUCCAGAUCGCCAUGUUCGUGAUACCCAUUUUGGUCAUGGUUGCGUGGGGUAUGGGCAAGCCGUUGACACUCCUUUUCGAUCCACUCGAGACAAUUGUUCUGUUCCUAACUGUCGUCGUCGUCAAGUUCUCCGUUGAGGAUGGUAAGACCCACUGGAUGAGUGGGUUGGUCUUGAUUGGCGUCUACAUCCUCAUCGCAAUGGCGUUUUGGCACUUCCCCUCCGACACCGUCAGGAUUAUCCAAGGCCAGCCUUUGCAGUGCAUCAAGUAGU